UGGCAUAAGACAUUUUCAAUGUUUUUUACUAUUCUGUGGCUUGGCGGUGGGCUAUGCACUGAGAGUAAAUCUAUCAAUGGCUAUAGUGGCCAUGACGGACAAGACCACAAAUCCAGAUUUUGAUUCAUUUAACUGGAGCGAGAAAAAUAAAUCUUUACUCUUGAGCAGCUUCCUGUGGGGCUAUGUGAUCACUCAAGUACCAGCUGGCCAAUUGUCUCGCAAAUUUGGCGGCAAAGUUAUCUUACUUACAGGUGUAUUUGUGUGUUCGCUAUUGACUAUCCUGACACCCAUUUGCGCCAGACUUGGAGAUUGGCAAUUAGUGUGCGCUCUAGGAGUUUCACAGGGCUUAUGUCUAGGUCCUCUUUUCCCCUCCACCCAUACAAUUCUAUCGAAAUGGGCUCCCGUUGAGGAGAGAGGCACCUUGGCCACCUACUGCUAUUCGGGUACACAAUUUGGCACAGUCGUGAUGUUGGCUUCUAGUGGUGUCAUGGCUUCAUCGUCCAUGGGCUGGCCUAGCAUAUUCUAUGUAUCGGGUGGUGUGGGUUUGGUAUGGUCUGCUGCCUGGUUUUUCUGGGGUGCCAGUUCGCCUGGUGAAUACAAAAAUAUUUCCGCUGAAGAACUGAAACUUAUUGAAACUUCGUUGGGCUCUAGAGAUGGGGAGGAUGAAAAUAAACCUAUGCCCAAAGCACCCUGGACUAAAUUCUUUACCUCGGUGCCUUUCCUGGUUCUCACACUCACAAAUUGUACUCACAAUUGGGGAUUUUCGACAUUGUUAACGGAAAUUCCUUCGUAUAUGAAAAAUAUUCUAAAUAUGGACAUCAAGAGUAAUGCCCUGCUUUCAGCUUUACCCUAUGCCGCCAUGUUUCUAUUGAGUUUUGUGUUCUCAGCCAUACAAACAGUGCUUAUCAGACGUAAAUGCAUACCAUUGUCAGUUAGUCGUAAGCUAUUCAAUACCAUAGGCCUUUGGAUACCCAUGAUCUCAUUAAUCGGCCUGGGUUAUGUUGCUGCCGAUCAAACGAAUUUGGCCAUUAUUUUACUCGUCAUAUCGGUGGGUAUAAAUGGUGCCACCUAUUUGGGUUUCCAGGUUAAUCACAUGGAUUUAUCACCCAAUUUCGCUGGUAUACUCAUGGGUAUAACGAAUUGUGCUGCUAAUAUAAUGAGCGCAAUUGCUCCCCUGAUUGUGGGCUUCAUAGUAACCAAUGAGAAAGACCCCGAUCAAUGGCGUAUUAUUUUCUUCAUUGCUGCCGGUUUAUAUUUCAUUGGUAAUUUAUGUUUUAUCUUGUUUGGCAAAACGGAAGUACAAUCUUGGAAUGAUCCUGAAAAAGAACAACUGGCAAAGAAGCGUAACUCUAUGUUUGUAGAGUCUCAGCAUUAGUUUAAUUGCUAUUAGUUUAUGUA